GCGCGAGCACCGCUUGCUUUGCGUGCUUGGCUUGCUUGCCCCUGUCGAUGUGACCCUGAUCAGGUUGGUCGUACUUGAAAACAACUUGCUUCCAGACCAGCAGGAGCCGACAAGACUCAGUCACGCCUCCGAUCACACACACACACAAGGCUCUUGCACUCUGACCCCCGCGUCGCCCUUUGUGCAGGCGUCAAACCACAUCCCGCUGAUUUUCCUGGACAUUGGUGGCCCCUGUGCCGUUGGCUCAAGUAGUGAGACCAAACGGCACCACGGCGCUCCAUCACCCGCAACAUGCUGGGCACCACCGCCGAUCCGCUCGAACCCGACCCCGACCCCAAGCCGCCGCCGCCGUCCUUGCCAGCAUCGACCUGGCGCCCGUUGGUAACGCCCAGCCCCUGCCCGCACCAGCAGGAUGACUCGCCCAUCCAAACGACCAAGCCCGUUGCCCCAUCACCUUCACAGCCACCAGCUGUCCAAACACUGGGAUUCUUCCCGUUGACGCGGCGCAUUCCCGUCGCUGCAUCGGACAUGCGCCUUUUUACUGUUGGUCGUGAUGGUUACCCCACCGUUGGCUGGCGCCUUCCCCGCCUCGCCCGACCGACGCGUUCCUCGACCCCGGAUAGCACCGACUCAAAAGCCGCCGCAUCUACCUUGGUCGCACAUGCCCCGGCCUCCCCCAAUGUUCUGCCUGUUGCUGUAGCGGCUGCCACCGCCGCGGCCACUGCCACCAUGGCUGCCUCCGACACCAACACCACCAUUGGUGCUGCGCCCUCCCAUGCUCUGCCUCGUCCCGACCCCACCCGUGAACUUGGGCGCGAUGUUGUGGCUGGUUGUGCCGCUGGCAUGGCCGUUACAAUCGUUGGGCAUCCCCUCGACACCAUCAAAACGCGCAUGCAAGCCCAAUCUGCCAAGCGCCCCCUCUACACCUCAAGCUGGGCUUGUGCUCGUGCCACCUUCCAGCAAGAAGGCCUCAGCGGCUUCUUUCGUGGCAUGGGUUCGCCGCUGGCUUUUUGUGUGUUUUACACAAGCGUGCACUACGCCACGUACAUGCAGACGCGACGAGCCCUGGGCAUUGCUGAUCGGCAUCAACCCGCACCCUGGUACCUCAUGCUCCUCGCAUCAGUAGCCACCGGCGUCACCACCACCUUCGUUCGCACUCCCAUGGACCUCCUUAAGACCCAAGCCCAGACCGUGAUUCUUCAGCAAGCCGGUGGUGCUCGCCGCCAUGGUGCCUACGAGAGCCCCUUCCAAUGUGCUGCCCACAUUCUUCGUCACCAUAGCUGGUCACGAUUUUUCCUCGGCAUGCAAGCCACGGCCAUGCGCCAAGUCGUUGGAGCCACUUCGUGGUUUCUGCCAUAUGAAUAUCUCAAGGCGCGGAUGGGAUCAGACUCACUUUCAGUUUUCUUCUGCGGUGGCUUCUCUUCCUGGAUAUCGUGGACCCUGAUCUACCCCAUAGACAUUGUAAAGACACGCCUGCAAGCGGAUGCCCUUUGCCCCUCCCGCCGACGUUAUGAAACGUUUCGCGACUGCGCUGAACGUCUAGUACGGGCAGAAGGUGUUCGUGGCCUUUUUCGGGGGCUCGGACCCUGCCUUCUUCGCGCUUUUCCCGCCAAUGCCGCUGGGAUUUUGGCGUUUGAAUCUGUGCGACGCCGUUUCGAUGCUGCCGACGCAUAAACCACGAUGAUUGAAUCCUCUUUUCAUGUAAUGUCCAUGGAAUGGGCCUGCGCAUGGCCCAAUGCUGUCAAUCAAGUGAACCUUGGGUUCCAAUUUAUCCGAGCCAC